GCUUGCACGAUAUUCAACGAUAUUCCAUAAGAUUGAGAAACGCAGCGGGUUAUUACUUGUGUGAAAGGACAGUGGUGACUGUUGUCUUAAAAAUAUGAAAUACAUUUUAGUGACCGGUGGUGUGAUUAGUGGAGUCGGGAAAGGUGUUAUCGCAAGUUCCUUUGGCACUAUACUUAAACAUUGCGGCAUUCAUGUGACGUCUAUCAAGAUCGAUCCGUACAUAAACAUAGAUGCCGGUACAUUUUCUCCAUAUGAACACGGUGAAGUAUAUGUUUUGGAUGAUGGAGGGGAAGUGGAUCUUGAUUUGGGAAAUUAUGAACGUUUCUUGGAUAUUACUUUGCACAAAGAUAAUAACAUAACAACUGGGAAAAUUUAUCAGCAUGUAAUUUCAAAGGAAAGGCAGGGUGAUUAUUUAGGAAAAACUGUACAAGUGAUACCUCACAUAACAGAUGCUAUCCAAGAAUGGGUUCAAAAGGUAGCAUACCAAUCAGUCACACAGGAUGGUGACAAACCUGAUGUUUGUAUUGUAGAGUUGGGAGGUACAAUAGGGGACAUUGAAGGAAUGCCAUUUGUUGAAGCUUUUAGGCAAUUUCAAUUCAGAGCCAAACGGGAAAACUUUUGUUGUGCUCAUGUGUCUUUAGUGCCACAACCACGUUCUACAGGAGAACCAAAAACAAAGCCAACACAAUCCAGCGUAAGAGAGCUACGUGGGUUGGGCUUGUCCCCUGAUCUUAUAGUUUGUAGAUCUGAAAAACCGAUUGGUGAUUCGGCAAAGGAGAAGAUUUCAGAUUUCUGUCAUGUUGCUCCAGAACAAGUCAUAACAGUACACGAUUUAUCAUCUAUAUACCGUGUACCAUUGCUAAUGGAAUCUCAAGGUGUCAUUGAAUUUUUAAACGACAGACUACAGUUAAAUAUUGGUAUGCCACGACCACGAUGUUUUAUGCGAAAAUGGAGGAACUUGGCGGAUCGUAUUGAUCACUUACGAAAGGAAGUAAAUAUUGCAUUAGUGGGAAAAUAUACGAAACUGGAAGAUUCCUAUGCGUCAGUUACAAAAGCGUUGCAACAUGCGUGUAUCGAAGUUGGCUACAAGCUUAAUUUAACAUACAUAGAAGCUGAUAAUUUAGAACAGAGCACGAAGUUAGCUGAUCCUGUACUAUAUCAUGAAGCCUGGCAGCAACUUUGCAAAAGCAAUGGUGUCUUAGUACCAGGAGGUUUUGGUAAAAGAGGACUGCUUGGGAAAAUGGAGGCAUGUAAAUGGUGUAGAACAAAUGAUAAACCCUACCUCGGUAUUUGUUUGGGGUUACAAGUAGCAGUUGUUGAAAUCGCAAGAAAUGUUUUGGGCUUGGAGACCGCAAAUACCACAGAAAUCGAACCAAACACGGAUCAUCCUCUUGUCAUAGAUAUGCCAGAACAUAAUCCAGGUCAAAUGGGAGGAACUAUGAGACUUGGAAAAAGACGCACACGUUUCACCGAACGUAAUUCUGUCAUAAAACAAUUGUAUGGGAAUAAGGACUUCAUAGAAGAAAGGCAUAGACAUAGGUAUGAAAUUAAUCCAAAGUAUAUUUCCGACUUGGAAGAAGCUAGACUUCAUUUCGUAGGUCACGACGAAGAUAAUCUACGUAUGGAAAUUGCAGAGUUAGAAGGACAUUGUUAUUAUGUCGCUACACAAUUUCAUCCAGAAUAUUUGUCUAGACCUUUAAAACCUUCACCACCAUUCUUAGGACUAAUUUUAGCCAGCGUUGGUAAAUUGAAGUACUACUUAGCUAGAGGUUGCAGACUUUCACCUAAUCAAAUUAGCGACACUGAAUCAGAUACUGAAUGUAUAAUGGAUCCAAUAAAGCAACAUAUAAGCGAUGCAAGUAGGAGUGGUAGUACUACAUCCGGUACUAAUGAUUAAAUCUUCAGAUUU